AGCAGCGUCAAUUCUCCUCGUACAAAAGCCCCCUCCUCCCUCUUCAUUUCUCCCUCGUCCUAAAACCCUUUCCCUCUUAAACAUCUCCUCUCAUUAUUUCCCCCUCUCAUUUCAACAAAACCUCUCACAAAUCCAAGUCUCUUGAAGCUCAAGAAUGUGCGGCGGUGCUAUAAUAGCUGAAUUCAUCCCUCGCAACCGCGGCCGCCGUGACUCCGCCUCUGAGAUAUGGCCCAACUCGCCCUUCGCGAAGCUCAAUCCCGACAAUUUCUUCUUCAACUUAGAUCUCACCCCACCUACUCACAAGGACUCACCUCCGAGCAAAACAUCCCAACCCUUUUCAGGGGGUCUGGAAGAACAGAAGCCCGCCAAGAGGCAGAGGAAGAACCUCUACAGAGGCAUCAGGCAGCGCCCAUGGGGCAAAUGGGCCGCUGAGAUUCGCGACCCCAGAAAAGGAGUCCGAGUCUGGCUCGGUACCUUCAACACCGCUGAAGAAGCAGCCAGAGCUUAUGACAGGGAGGCUCGCAAAAUCCGUGGCAAGAAAGCCAAGGUUAAUUUUCCUAAUGAAGAUGACCAAGAGUACCCCCAUCAGACUCAUCUGAAAAAUUCCAAUCCUCAUCCAUUUCAACCCAAUACAGGUAAUUUCAAUGACAAUCAUAUCCCAAAAGGCUUUGAUAUGGGUUUUGGUUAUGAUCUGAACCAGAGUGCAGCAUUUCCCUCAAAUUCAAAUGGUUCAAAUGGUUUUAACUCGGUGGUGGUUAAGACUGACCCAAUUGUUGUUUCUGGGGAAGAGAAUUCUGGGUCUGGUUCAGAGGGGACUUACUCCUGUACAGGGUUGGUGGGUUGCAAUCACAAUGGGAAAGAGAGAGAGGAAUCAACACAAGGUAAUGCGAUUGUGGCCGCUGAGGAGAAUGAAGUGCAGAAGCUUUCUGAGGAGCUACUGGCGUUUGAGAACUACAUGAAGUUCUAUCAGAUUCCCUAUCUGGAUGGGCAGUCCACAGCCCCUGUAAAUCCUGCUGCGCAGGAAAGCAUGGUUGGCGAUCUGUGGAGCUUUGAUGAUGAGAAUGAGAAUGUUCCUGCUUCUGUCACAUCUUCCUUCGAUUGAUGAUGGUCGAAUUGAUGAAUUUGAUCAUUGAUUCUUGUUUAAUUUGUAUCUCGGUCUUAGUUAUAAGAACUGUAUCAAAAUGCUAAUUUUCAUUAUUUUGUAAUAAGAAGUUUGAAUUUUUUUCAGUUUUCA